UUUGUUUUUGUGAGUAACCAGGAUCGCCAACUUUCUUAACUUGUGAUUUUGAUCGAGAAAAUUUAUCAACACCGGCAAGUGUGAGGGGCCGUGAGGGACCUAUUUAUUUAUUUGUCAAAAACCAGACUUGCAGGCUAGCCUUAUUGGCGACAGGAAAAUUGAUUUUGUAGAAAUUCUGAACUGAGAAAAAUCAUUUUGAAUAAAGUAGAGUACUAGAAAACAUGCAAAACGUAAUAAACAGUGUUAAAGGUACAGCCCUUGCAGUUGGGGAAUAUUUGACACCAGUUUUAAAGGAGUCAAAGUUCAAAGAAACAGGAGUGCUGACUCCCGAAGAAUUUAUAGCUGCAGGGGAUCAUCUAGUGCACCAUUGCCCCACUUGGCAGUGGGCUGGAGGGGACGAGUCAAAGACAAAACCAUAUUUACCAAAAGAUAAACAAUUUUUGAUAACCAGAAAUGUGCCAUGUACCAGAAGGUGUGAACAGAUGGAAUAUUCAAGAGAGAUGGAAAAGAUAAUUGAAUCUGAUGAUGCUGACAAUGGUUGGAUAGAUACCCAUCAUUAUGAUAAAGAAAUGUCAUCAGUGGAAAAUAAAGUUUCAGAAAUGACUCUAGAAAACACUAAAUCCGAAAGCAUGGAGGAAGCUGCACUCAGGGACAAUGAUGAUGAUGAUGAUGAGGAUGAUGAUGACGAAGAAGCAGCUGAUAUGGAAGAAUUUGAAGAAAGUGGAAUGUUAGAAGAUGACCAGAUAGCUAAAGUGAUUGAACCAGUAGAAACCAAGAAGAAUGUUGAAGAAGAUGGUGAAAUUAUACAUACUAGAACUUACGAUUUACAUAUUACUUAUGAUAAAUAUUAUCAGACACCAAGAUUGUGGCUUACUGGAUACAAUGAGAAACACGAACCACUGUCAGUUGACGAAUUAUAUGAAGACGUUAGUAAAGAUUAUAUUCAGAAAACGGUAACUAUGGAAACCCAUCCUCAUCUCAGUGUACCCAAAAUGGCAUCUGUGCAUCCAUGUCGACAUGCUGAAGUGAUGAAGAGUAUCAUCGAGACUGUGAUGGAAGGUGGUGGAGAGUUAGGAGUGCAUAUGUAUUUAAUUAUUUUCUUAAAAUUCAUGCAGUCGGUUAUACCUACUAUCGAAUACGAUUACACGCAAAAUUUUACCAUGUAAAGCUGAUAUUUUUAUUUGACACCGUAGUCGAAUGCUGUUGAACGAUAUAAAAGAUCAAAAUCAGUAUUUUGCUCCAAUUUGAAGUGUUUUGUUUUUAAAAUACUUGUUUGAGUCUCAUUUUUUAUUAUUAUGGAUUAAUAUUGUUAUGUUACUCUGGUCCAUGUGUUAAACAAAGGUGAAUGCAGCUAAAUAAUUGCCAAUUUAAUUUUCUUUUAAAUUUAGUGGUCCCUAUAAUCAACCCAACUAAUAAGAACUCAUAGAAAAAAAAAAUCAUAUAAAAACGUAAAACUUUUUAUAGUACUAGAUCAGAGCCCUAAAAAUCAUAAUGUUCCUAAAAUCCCUAAAAAUCAUACCAAAAAGCUGAAUUUUACGGAGAAUGUUAAUUUCGAAACACAUGCAUCGUUGAAGAUGCAGAAAGUUUGCCACUCCUACCCCGAGAUGCCCCCUAAAACCUCGCUCGCAGGAGGAAACGGAAAAAUGGAUUUACCAAGAAUCUGAACGCUGUAGAAAAAAAAAAAAGAAUGUGUGUGUACUUUGUACGCACGUAAGAAGUUAUACUUCUAAUAUAUGAUUUCAACGAAAUCAAUAUAACAGUUUAUUUAUAUUUUAUUUAAAUAUUAAACUAAUUUUAAUAUGUACUUACUACUUGCCAACAAUUUUUAUUAAAACAAUACGAAAAAUUAAAAAAAAUAAAAGAAUAAAACACACGCAAACACAUUGAAAAAUGAAACCAAAGAAAUUAUUUCUGAACAAUUGUUGAGAAAAUUUGAACUAAAUACGUAUUUUCUGAAAAAAAAAAUAUAAUAAAUAUACUUACAAUCAUAAAAUGAAUAAAAAAAAAUAAAAAAAUAAAAAUUUGCAUUUGGAAUUGAACCUGCGUCUAUAAGGUUUAGAUUAUUUUGAACUCACCCCACGCAGAAUUUAACUACCGAGACAUGUGAAUGAAGUGGAAAGAUAUACCUAGCAACUAAACGUUUUAAAAUUUUUUUGACAGUUGCUUAUUCUGUUAGUUUAAUCAAAUAAGUUUGAUUCUUGUGGAAUUAAAAUACGACAAAAUAUAAUGUAGACUAAAAAAGGCAAUAUAUUAGAUGGAGAUUUUUGUUGGUAAUCAAAUUAUGUAAAUCAAAGCAUUACCUACUAGCUAGGUAGGUACAUUUUCCAAAUAGGUAUUUACCUAAUUUGUAAUUUUUUAUUACAAUACUGAAACAUUUACAAUAAGGUACGUACCUGUUGCUUUUAAAAACUAUUUAAAAAGUCACUACAAUUAUGAACUUGCUUUUUGUCACUGUCCUCACAACAAUAAAAACUAAUAUACACAACAUUUUGUUUAUCCAGAAUCUCCAUUUGAACAAUUAUUGGCAGAUGAUUUUAACACCCAGUCAGAUCCCUCAUAACGUUUCAUACCAUACUGUCGGUGUGCGCAUGCGCCCAGCAAAAUAAAAAUUUACCCUCGUGCCUAAAGAAGUGUAACUUCAAAAAUGUUUCAAACAAGAAAUGUAGCCGAGAUAAUUUUGAACAAUGUGUAAUAUUUCUUAUGUAGAAUGAACUGUUCUCGCAGAAACAACGCUUGAAGCGACCGGAGAUUUUGAAUGCCAUUUCAGUUACAAGUUCAGUGUUUUUAGGUAUAUUUAGUAUUCAGCGUUUUUUAGGAAUAAUUCAAACGCCUCUUAUUUGUUGCUAAAACUUAAAAUCGACAUUUCUUGUUAUAGGUUUUUAAGAUUAGGCUUUAACAAUGGAAAUUCCAUAGCAACCGGUUAAUGGACGUGAUAAACUUCAUUGGUCUCAUAAGAAUCAUAAAAAUUCAUACGAAAAUUGCUUCAAUCUUCAUCUGUAAAACGUAUUUUGAUUUUUGUUGAUACGGGGUUGGUAUAAGUCAGGCAACGCUCUCGAAAAAUGUUUUGAGGGUAACGUAAUGGGCCAAAGUUAUCUGGAAAUGUUCGAAGAUUUACGUGGGCAAAUGGACAACGAUCCAACACUCACCAACAUCCGUAAUUUCAUGUAGGAUGGAGCUUCACCGCACUACGCGCAAUGUAUGCGGGAGUACCUUAAUGUUCAUUUUGGAGAAUGGAUAGGCAGACGAAGAAUCGUUGAGUGGCCAGCACGGUCCUGUGGCCUAACGCCCUUGAUUUCUUCCUGUGGGGCCUUCUCAAAGACCCCGUUUUUGCAAGAGGACCACGCACCCCUCCCGACCUCCAAAACUGCAAUAGGGCUUUUCAUUCACAGUCAUUUGUUUCGAGCUUCUGUCAUGUGUCACAUAAUAUUAUUAUAUCUACGUCGUACGUUAUUGGUAUAUAUCAAUGAUACAAACCAAAGACGUACGACGUAGAUAUAUUAUGUGACACAUGACAGAAGCUCGAAACAAAUGACAAUCGAUGAAAAGCCCUAUUAAAGAAGAAUUUGAUAAUCUUCGCUCCAGCUUGACGUGCUUCGCCGUAUCUGACUCUCCGUUGCAGUAAAUACAUUGAUCAAGAUGGGCAUCAAUUUAUACACUUCAGUAACCCUUUGUCGAAUCCCUUUUGCAAUUUUUUUGAAUAAAUUCAUUUUGACCCUGCAUUUUUUCUUAUUGCAAACUAGCUGACCCGGCAGACUUCGUACUGCCUCAAUAGAUAAAAACAAACUUUUGUAUACAAUAAACUUAAAAUAAACAAAAGGAAUUCGUAAUUAAUAAACAAAAAAUGCUCGAUGUGAAUGAGGUCUUAUUAUUAUUUUUAAUUAAUUACACACGAUGUUAGGAGUAAUAAAGUUUUUUUAAAAGUAACAAAAUAAAGUUUGUAGUGCAACAGCUUCAAUCUUAAAUUUGUUUAUCUUAUAAUGAAUAUUAUAACAGCUUUAUUUUAUCUACAUUCAAAACAACCCUGUAUUUAUGAUUGGGGUUCGGGGUGGUUCCAACUCUAUAGGUGUUGAUUAAAUAAAACAAAAUUAAAUAAACAAGUGAACGAAGUAAAUUAAAAUUACAUAAAUGAAAUUGAAUAAAAGUAAAUAAAAAUCAGUAAAACUGAAUAAAAUUAAAUACAAAUAAAUAAAACCAUAUUAAUUUAAAUACAAUUAAAUAAAACUAAAAAAAUGAAAUAAAAAUAAUAAAUAAAUUUAAAAAAAAAUAAUAAAAUUAAAUAAAAGUAAAUAGAAUCUAAUAAAAAUAAAUAAAAUUUAAUAAAAUGAAAUAAAAUAAUAUAAACGAAAAUAAAUAAAAUACUUAAAUUAAACAAAAUUAAUUAAAAAUUAAAUAAAAUGUUAUAAAUUGCUUCUUGUUCUUUUUGUGUGCUCAGAAUUUUUCUCCUGUUUACGCUUCGUCAGAAAAGUUCCGUUUAGAGAUAUUUUUUAAAAAUUUCGCAAAAUUAAACAAUUUAUAUUUUGUCCAAUCUGAGUCCCAAAGUUAAACUGUUCCACUUCUCUUCUAUGAAAUUUGUCGCUCGUUCUUCUGUCCUCAGAAUAUUUCUACGGCUUGAGAUAUUGUAUUUCGGACACCGAUUGCGCUAGAGAAAAAAUUUUACUACGUUUCUGCUUAGAAUUCAGCAAGGAGUCUACUUACCUAAUUUCGUAUUUUUCACGUCAUUAUAGUGAGAGCUACAGCGUCAUGGGCAACUCCCUUAUGACGUACGGGUAUGAAAUAUAGAUAACAACCUACUGCGAGUCCGGUCGAAUACUGCCAAAUUUCAUAAAAAUCGGUCAAGUCGUUUCGGAGGAGUAUGGCAACAAACACUGCGACCGGAGAAUUUUAUAUAUUUAUAUAUAUGUUAAAUAUUUAAAUGGAUAUUAAAAAAUAACGGUUGGUGAUAGAAAAGUGAAACUUUAGGACUGUAUGUAUCUUUUGGUUCUACAUCACAUAAAAUUAAAAAAGAAAAGUUUGUCCAAAAAAAUAAAAAAAUAAUUAUGGGGGGCCUAUGAUUGUAAUACAAUUAUAUUUUACAUUUGUUUUGAUGGAUGAUCGUAGCCUGUAAAUCUUUAUAUUGGCGGUAAUACCAAUUUGACAGUUGACUUACCUGGUCUCGAUCUUAUAGGCAUUAGCCAUGUUUCCUUUCUUGCUUAUUGUGAACAUUUCUGAAUGGUUUUUAGUAUGUCCGUUCUUUAAUCUUGUGGAAUUCUCGUGUUGUCUAUAUUGAUGAAUAAAAAUAUAUGAUCUGGAUAGGAUAUGGUUGAUGCAUAUGUGCGCACUGUAGGGUAAAGUAGAGAAUUCUACAAACACUUAAAAAACCUUUUCUUCUUUAUACACUUUUAAAUAAUUUUAUUUUUAUGUGUUAAAAAUUUUGAUGUUAAUAAGAGAAAUGAUUAACAACAGAAUAAACUUUAUAAAUGAGAUUCUUGUUUACUUGGAGCAAAAAACUGGCAAGUUUAAAAGUGCAAAGAUAUAGACUUUUUGUUAUACAUAUAUUUUUACAAUUAGAGGAAAGCGCCUACGCAAUAAAUACAUACACUCAUUUUGUUUUAAAAUUCAUUUGCUUUAUUAAAAUAUUUAUAAUGUACAAUAAAAAUAAAAUAUUUUAAGUAUACCA